GAAUCACAAACACCCAAAAAGCCCACACCUUUAUUUCUUGAUAUAAUAUGUCAUCUUCAAUGGCAGCAAAACUACAUGUGGGCAGCACUAAAUGCAGUGGAAUUUCAAAUUUCUGAAACUUUCUUACACACCCACAUUAAUUUUCAACUACCCACACCAUAUUUCAUCUUUGUUUCCUUCCUUAUAGUUUGAUUCCUCCUAUUUGUUUAAAAAAAAAAACAUAUCUUGAUUUCAUAUAGAACAGUGGAAAACAGAGCAUAAUGUCUGUUGACUGUUAUCUGUUUUUAGGGAUUGGAUCUUGACUUCUUGUUCCUAAAAGUUAUGUUUUUUGUAUUCUUGUUUAUGUUUUUCUUGUUGGGUUACUAACUUACUAUCAAUAAACUCAAUUUAUGUAAACUUGAAGACACAAAAACAGAGCAAAAACAGAGCAUUUUAAUGGAGGUUUCAAGCUUUUUCUUGCUGUUCUUGACUCUUUCACGGAGUUUUUUCUUUAUAAAUGCAAUUCAACCUUCACAAAAACAAGUUUUGCUUCAGCUAAGAAAGCAGCUGGAGUACCCAAAGCAACUGGAUUUUUGGGUCAACAACACAAGUAAUGAUUUCUGUUACUUGUCAUCACCACAAGUGAACAUUACUUGUGAAAAUAAUUAUGUUACAGAGCUCAAAAUAAUGGGCUUUUCUGCUGAUCAACAACUGCCAAAAAAGGUAAAAAGUUUGAAUUUUGAUGGGUUUCCAAUUCCUUCACAAACUCUUUCUCAAAAUUUCUCAAUGGACUCUUUGAUUGCCACUUUAUCAAGAUUAACAAGCUUGAAAGUUCUUAGCUUUGUGUCUUUAGGGAUAUGGGGCCCACUCCCUAAUAAAAUUCAAAGAUUAAACACACUUGAGUACAUUGAUUUGAGGUAUAAUUUCCUGUAUGGGUCAAUACCUCCAACUUUUACAAGAUUAGCAAGUCUUAAAAGUGUGAAUCUUGAUGGGAAUUUCUUGAAUGGUAGUUUCCCUGAUGGGGUUGACUUAUUAUCAAGUUUGACCAGUUUGAGCCUCAAAGAUAACUCUUUCUCUGGUCAACUACCAGAUCUAUCAAAUUUACCAAGAAGUUUGACCAUUUUUUAUCUCAGCAAGAACUCAUUCUCUGGUCAAAUUCCAGUGACAUAUGGUCAACUCAAUAACCUUCAAGAGCUUGAUCUUUCAUUCAACUCCCUUUCUGGUGUCACCCCCUCUUCACUCUUCUCAUUACCAUACAUUACUUACUUGAAUCUAACAUCAAACAAGUUGACCGGUCAACUACCGAGCCGGUUACAAUGCGGAAACAAACUCGCAGCUGUAGAUAUCUCGCUAAACCGGUUUACAGGCGCUCUACCUUCUUGUUUAAGCAAUGACAUGAACAACAAUAGGACUGUUAAGUAUGAUGGGAAUUGCUUAAUGGUUGAUGAUGUUAAACAUCAACAUCCAUCAAGUUAUUGUGUAGAGGAAGCUAGAGGAGUUGAAGUAGAUCCGAAAAGUUUCAAAGAUUCACGAAAAAGAAAGAAUCCGGUAAUACUUGUGGGAGUGGUUUUAGGGUGUGUUUUAGUUCUAGUGCUUUUGGUAUUCGGGUUUGUGGUAAUUCGUAGGAAAAGUUGCGUUCGCGGCUUAUCAGAACCGAAAUUGCCUCAGAAACCGGUGCAAGACUAUUCUGGCUCGGACUAUCCGUCUGGGCUCUUAACCAAUGCAAGGUUUGUUUCCGAGACUGCAAAGUUGGGUACGGAAGGAAUCCCGGAGCAUAGAUUGUUCUCUUUUGAAGAGUUGAAGGAUGCUACUAACAACUUCCAUAGUUCUACCUUAAUUGGGCAAGGUUCAACCGGCAAGAUCUACAAAGGAAAGCUAGCAAAUGGAACAGACAUUGCGAUAAGGCAUUUAACCGUCUCCAAAAAGUACACAAUAAGAAACCUUAAACUAAGGUUGGAUUUGCUUGCGAGGCUUCGACACCCAAAUUUAGUAUGCCUUUUGGGACACUGCAUUAGCAAUGAAGGGCCAAAUGACAGUGCUUCAAACAAAGUACACCUUGUCUAUGAAUACAUGAACAACGGCAACUAUAACUCGCUACUUUCUGCAGGGAAUGAUCCUGAAAAUGUGCUUAAAUGGGAAGACAGAUUGCGAAUAUUAACCGGUGUGGCUAAAGCUGUGCAUUUCCUUCACACUGGACUCAUUCCCGGUUUCUUUAACAACAAAUUGAAAGCGAAUAAUAUUUUGUUGAAUGAAUAUGGGAUGGCAAAGCUGAGUGACUAUGGGCUUUCUAUUAUAGCAGAAGAUAUUAAACAAGAUACAAAUGGGGAAGGCGUUGAAUCAUGGCAAACGAAGAACUUAGAGGAUGAUGUCUACAGCUUUGGGUUGAUUCUACUUGAAUCGCUAGUCGGGCCUUCAGCUGUAUGUAGAAAAGACGAGUUUCUGAUGAACGAUAUGGCGUCAUUUGGAACAGAAAACGAAAGAAGGAAAGUCGUGGACCCCGUUGUACUUGGUUCGUGCUCACAGGAAUCUUUGUCGGUUAUAAUCUCCAUAACUAAAAAAUGCUUUGUCGGCGACUCGUGGGCCCGGCCAUCGUUUGAAGACGUGCUUUGGCACUUGCAAUAUGCUGCUCAAGUUCAGGCCGAUGUACAGCGCCCUGCUCACAUAGUUUAACUCAUUGGGUGUUGGUGGUGUUGUCAUGAUGAAGAAUAAGCAGAUGCCAUACUUAUGCUUUUAAUUUAGAUGUAAAUAUUUAUAUUAUUCCAGUGACCUUUUAUUUCUAAUAAUAUGUUAAAAAUGCAAAACUUAUAUCGGUUGCAACUCAUGACAUCGCUUGAAACA